GUAUUACAUCAAUAUUCAUAGUAUAUGUACCCCUAACAAAAUAUCGAUCUAACAUUCGAAGUACGUGACACAAGCUCAAGAUUAAGGGGUGGUUUUAUAUCAGAUCACCAACACCUAAACAAGACGAGGAAAAUGGCUUUCCCGUCAUUGGAAGAAGUAUCCAAGAGCCCAGCAUUCCCAACAGCAAUCUGGAAGCUCCAACCACAUCAAAGCGGUUUCCUCCCCGUUGCCGCGGACCGAGGCGGCCCCCUAAAUAUCAGUUGGGAAGUCCAUGGCGAGGGACUCAUCAAGCUUAUCCUUAUCGGCGGUAUUGGUCUAGUCAAAGCCGACUGGCAACCGCAGACCCUGUACUUCGGCCACGAGCGUGGGGACCAGUAUUCCGUGCUCGUGUUUGAUAACCGCGGCGCCGGGGAGUCGGAUAAGCCCGUUAUGCGGUAUAGCACGUCGGAGAUGGCACGUGAUUUGCUUGAGGUCGUGGAUCAUGUUGGGUGGACAGCGGAGCGGCAGUUGCAUAUUUCUGGUGGUAGUAUGGGCGGCAUGAUCGCACAGGAGUUCGCAAUUUUGGUGCCAGAACGUAUCGCGAGUCUAAAUCUCCACUGCACAGCGGCAAAGCUAGAAAGUAACGGCACAUUCACGGAGAUGACGAGCCGCCUCGGCGCCCUAAUGCCCAAGAGUCUCGAAAGCGAAAUCCGACAUACAGCAGACGGCUGCUUUCCGCACGAGUGGCUAGUAGCACCGGAUUCCGCCGAACCCCCAAACGAGAGCACCCCGAGAUGUGAGGUGCCGCCGGGUGGAUACAAGACGUUCGAAAGCAACUACGCCCGGUUUGCGGCGCAGGAGAUCCACAUGCGGCGGAGCAAAAACGGAUUCCUCCUACAAGCCGUGGCCGGCGGGUUUCACCGGAAGAGCCCCGAACAGUUAAAGGAGAUGGCGGAUCGAGUUGGGAGGGAGAGGAUUAUGGUUCUUCAUGGUACGGUGGAUGGGAUGAUUCCUGUGAGUCAUGGGAGGAAGUUAAUUGAGUAUUUGAAGCCUGGGGAAGGGUUGAUUAUUGAGGGACUGGGUCAUGCGCCGAUUCAUCAGAAGACGAGGUGGUUCAAUGAGUUGUUGGCGGAGAGGUGUGCGCGGGGUGAGAAGUUGAGUGGUCGAUAGCUAGGACCUAGUGUUAAUACGUGCAAUAUAAUUCUCUACUCGCC